AUGUUGAAACGAAUAUGUGUGGAUGAUUCUAUCUGCAAAGGUUGCCGGUCAAAAUAUGAUAAAGGGGUUAAAAAGACCAAUAAUGAUUUUAAGAGCUUUACUCAAGAGGCUCAAGCUAAUGUCGAUAUUGCUAAUGAUCAAAAUGAUUCCGAAACUAUGGAGAUUCAUCAUACUAAUAGCUCAAUGGAGUUGUCCAAUAGUAGUGAUGGUCCGAUAACUGUCUCAAGUUCUGUGCAAAUUCCUGUUCAGAGAGUAACCAAAUCGCACAGGAGUUUAACAUUUGAAGCGUAUCAACAAAUAUCUGGGCCUAUAUCCGACGUCAUAACAUACACAUCAAGUGAUGUUUUACAAUUGCUUCAUGAUUUUCGCAAAGUUUCAGCCGUGAUGCAAAAGAACGCACUUAAUUUUGACGAUCCCUCUUCUUUUAGUGAUACUGCUUAUUACAAUCUAACUGGUUUAAAGAAAAGUCAGUAUAAUUAG